AAUUGUGUUAUUCAUGACUCCAUCUAGUUGCGUAAAAAACGUAAUACGGUCCAUUCUCCCCUAUCAUAUUUGUGCUGUCUGUUUCGUCACUGAUGCACAUGAUCUUGCCUUUUUUCAAUACAAGGAAUGUUUUCACCAUAUCCCUCGUAUAUGGCACAAGGAUUAAUUUCAUAGCUCUAAUUUAUCACUGCGCCUUUCACUAAGCCUACUUAAUUUUACUCAUAUUCAUUUCCAUAGCCUACUUGCGUUUAUUUUAGCGAAGUGGAUCGCUACCGCAAUCUAAGUUGUGCCCUCUGCUCUUCAUUACCUCUCAACACUUCCUAAAUUCUCUAAAUGGAAUUUUCUUUCACUACUAAUUUCCUCAAAUAAGUUCUAUAUCGUUCGUUUUCGAAUCCUUUUCAUGAAAUGAAGACGAUUGUGAGGAUUUGAUUUGGUUCUUUACUCACUCUUCUUCUGUGACUUGCGUGAACCUCAAGACGCUUGCUUCAAAGUGUGGAACAUGGCUUAACGAUGCCUACUCUCGUUGCUUCAGGGAGAGUACCACAUUAAGUGACGGACAGAGGAAGUGGAUCCAGCGUCAAGUUUAUCUGCUGGGUUCUCCCCUGGCUGCACUCCUCUGCUCCGCUCCCCCUCUUCCCCCUCUCCAUUCAUUCUCUGUGCACUGCCAUGGAAGAGAGAAGGUUAGAUGGGACAGGCCGAUAAAACCUAGUUUUCUGGAGAGUUGGGGUGAGACAAGGACUCCAGGACUGUGGAGACACUGCCGUCUCCUGUGGAGUUCUUUUAUCAAAGCUUUUGACAUCCUUUUACAGGGACCACGAGACAACAUCAAGGCCUGCUGAUGGGAGCGGGCAAGAGCAAGCCUAAGGAGCCGGGUCAGCGCUCACUGAGUCUGGAUGGAACCAUUGGAACAGGCUUGGACAGCAUGCACCACCACCUCAGCCCAGCCCAGCAGACCCAGACCCCCAACAGAAGUCCCGCCGUAGGGGGCACGAGGCGCGGCCACCACCCCGGGCAUGCCCCUACCAACACCCCUGAGCUGGCACUGUUCGGCGGGGUGGACCACACGGGCAGCAUCAUCUCUCCUCACAGAGGACCACUGGCAGGAGGUGUCACUACAUUUGUGGCGCUCUACGACUAUGAGUCACGGACUGCCUCGGACCUGACGUUCAAGAAAGGCGAGCGGCUGCAGAUCGUCAACAACACGAGAAAGUACAGCUUCAGGGAAGGGGACUGGUGGCUCGCUCGGUCUCUGACCACCGGAGAAAGCGGUUAUAUCCCCAGCAACUACGUGGCCCCCUCUGACUCCAUCCAGGCAGAAGAGUGGUAUUUUGGGAAGAUAACUCGGCGUAACUCGGAGAGGCUCCUUCUGAGUUUACAGAACCGACGAGGAACCUUCCUGCUCCGAGAGAGCGAAACCACUAAAGGAGCCUAUUGCCUGUCCGUGUUGGACUAUGACAACACUAAAGGUCUCAACGUCAAACACUACAAGAUACGCAAGCUAGACAGCGGCGGUUUCUAUAUCACCUCGCGCACCCAGUUCAGCAGUCUGCAGCAGCUGGUCUUCCACUAUCGCAAGCACGCAGACGGGCUGUGCCACUGUCUGACGGAGGUGUGUCCCGUGCUGAAGCCUCAGACCCAGGGCCUGGCCCGCGAUGCCUGGGAAAUCCCACGGGAAUCGCUCCACCUCGACCUCAAACUGGGCCAGGGAUGUUUUGGAGAGGUCUGGAUGGGGAAGUGGAACGGUACAACGCGGGUGGCCAUCAAGACUCUGAAGACGGGCACCAUGUCCCCAGAGGCCUUCCUCCAGGAGGCGCAGGUCAUGAAGAAGCUGAGACACGAGAAACUGGUGCAGCUCUACGCUGUGGUGUCUGAGGAACCCAUCUACAUCGUCACUGAGUACAUGACCCAAGGUAGCCUGUUGGACUUCCUCAAAGGUGACACGGGCAAGCUGCUACGUCUACCCCAGCUAGUGGAUAUGGCAUCUCAGGUUGCAGCAGGGAUGGCAUACGUAGAGAGGAUGAACUACGUCCACAGAGACCUCAGGGCUGCCAACAUCCUCGUAGGAGACAACCUGGUGUGUAAAGUGGCCGACUUCGGCCUGGCCCGCCUCAUAGAGGACAACGAGUACACUGCCAGACAGGGAGCCAAGUUCCCCAUUAAGUGGACGGCGCCAGAGGCUGCCCUCUACGGCCGCUUCACCAUCAAAUCAGAUGUUUGGUCAUUUGGUGUCCUGCUCACUGAACUCGCCACCAAAGGCAGAGUACCAUAUCCAGGCAUGGUGAACCGGGAGGUGCUGGAGCAGGUGGAGCGCGGAUACCGGAUGCCCUGUCCCGGCGAGUGCCCGAGCUCAAUGCACGAGCUCAUGCUCACCUGCUGGAGGAAGGAUGCAGAGGAGAGGCCCACCUUCGAGUACCUCCAGGGCUUCCUGGAAGAUUACUUUACCUCCACCGAGCCCCAGUACCAGCCUGGGGAGAACCUAUAGGUCUCAGGGACAUCGGUCCCACCACGGGACCACAUGGGUGGACUUGCCCACCCCUGCUCACUUUAAACACUGAUCAAGGGACGGUUUUGCAUUAUUUCCUCCCUGUAAUGGACAAUGGUUAAGGAUGGUUUAGGAUUGGGGAGAGAGGAUGAGCUGAUCCUAGAUCUUUGGUUAUGAGUGGCUUCUAACAUGGAGCUUUUGGGGGAAGUGGGAAGCGUUGGUAAUAACUGAUCCCGAGACAGUUUUUGUGGGGACAGUCGUAGUGUUUGAGUGAAAGGUGCUGAUCCCAGAUAUGUGGGGGAAAGGUGUUGAGCAGCUGUAGUGUCCUAAGGAGAAGAGUGCAUUUGCCCCUUAAUUUAGCAUUUUCUCCACUAAUAGUUAAGGUUAGGAUUGGGGGAGAGGAAGCUCAUCCUAAAUCUGUAGCUAGGGGAAACUUCACCGCGGAGAAUCCAAAGGGAGGACGGAGGAUAAUGAGAUGGCCAUUGUUUUGACCCUCCCUCUCUGUCCUAGUACCCUUCUUCUCAAAGGCUCUGUCCGGAUUCCUUCACACUUCUCCCAGAGUGUGCACUACCUGUCAAGCAUUGGCUAGACUAGAGGAAGUCUCCCCCGUUGUUGAAAUCUGUGAGUUUGGAGAAUCUAGAUGCAGCCAUAGCGCCACAGCAUCUGACCUCUUCACCUCCUCUUUUUGCAGAGCACUGCCAACGUGGCAUACUGUAGGUGCCAUCUGUCUAUUGUCCCUCUCUCUUGUGUGAGCCAAAUGGCACCCUAUUCCUUAUACAGUGCACUACUCUUGAUCAGAGCCCUAUAGACCCUCGUCAAAAGUAGUACACUAGGGCUCUGGUACACUAGUAGGGAAUACGGUGCCAUUUAGGACUCAGCCUCUCUGUGUGUGUUUCGCUCUGUCUGUCCCUCUAUCUCGUUGUUUAUCUAUCUCUCUCUCUCUUCCCAUUUCCUCCUCUCUAUAUCUCUCCAGUAUUCUCAAGUGCUGCUUACUCCAGGUCAUCAGGUGUCUCCAAAACAAAUGUUUUUUAAAGGUUUUCCUUUGUUUGUCUUCUUUUUUGUUGUUUUUACGGAUGCUACUUUCUUCCUGUGUCCAUGUCAAUAAAACUGUAAAUUGUAAAGCCCUCA